AUGAGCGAGCUUGAAGCACCGAAAUCCUUAGCUCAUAUCAAGCAUAUUGUGCUAGUUCUUUCUGGUAAAGGCGGGGUAGGGAAAUCAUCAGUAACGACACAGCUUGCCCUCAGUUUGGUGAUCAAAGGGUUCAAAGUUGGGGUGCUAGAUAUUGAUUUGACUGGGCCGUCGAUACCGAGAAUGUUUGGUCUCGAAGGCAAGCUGAUGUUCCAAUCUGAAAGAGGAUGGAUCCCUGUAUAUGUUGACAAUGAUGAACGACUAUCUGUGGUAUCCCUAGGAUUCUUGAUUGGUGAUAGAGGCAGCAGUGUGGCGUGGCGUGGGCCAAAAAAGACCUCGAUGAUUAAUCAAUUCAUUUCCAAUGUGAUCUGGCCCAAAGAUUUGGAUUAUUUGAUCAUUGAUACCCCGCCAGGCACUUCAGAUGAACAUAUUUCCAUUGCUGAGCAAUUGCGAUUAGCGAACCCUGACGGUGCGGUGUUGGUCACCACUCCUCAAGCGGUUUCUGUCAAUGAUGUCAAAAAAGAGAUGAACUUUUGUCAUAAAGUCCGAUUCAAGAUUUUGGGAAUUGUGGAGAAUAUGAGUGGGUUUAUUUGUCCUUAUUGUGCGGAAUGCACAAACAUUUUCAGUUCUGGGGGCGGGAAAAUAUUAGCGGAUCAACACCAGAUAAACUAUUUGGGGAAUCUACCGAUAGACCCAACUUUUGUGGAAAUGAUCGAGAAUAAUAAUAUGGAUAGCAAAAAUGAGUUGCCGGAGCUUGAAAGAUUGUCAAUAUCUGAUAAGCAGCUGGAUAAGGACCGGGAGGAGAAAAACCAGGAAAAGAAACAUAAAGAAAGCUUAGUUGACCAAUAUAAGGAAAGCUCGAUAAAGCCAGUUUUUGAGAUUAUAGUUGAUAAUAUUUUGCUGCAAGGAAUACCUUCAAGAGUUUAG